AUGUCUACGAUUCACGAUCUUACUGCUAGACUGCCUGACGACGAUGAGGAAGAUUCAGACUUCAUACCUCUCCCCGACGAAGGUCAGCUAUCUCAUUACCAUUCACCUGAAACCGAACCCGAGCCUCCAGACAUCGAACACGAUGUGCUGUCUGCGCUUGGGGCGCCAACUGAGCAUGAUGUGCUAGAAGGGAAGAGAAAGCAGCGCGCCGAAGUCUGGUCCAAGUUUCUCGCCAUGGAUCCACCACGACCGUCAGAAGAGCCGUUUCGAAAGCUAGUCAAAGUCGUCAAGACCUACAAGUUCGCCGGCAAGGAGAUGGAAGAAAUCCUCGAAGUACCGGAGGACUCGCCCGACGCCGCAAAAUGGCCACGAUACGAGGAAGAGACCUCUUCAACUGACGCCUCCGAAGCAAGGGACGUGCCGAUGACCGACCUCACCGCGCAGCCGUGCGAUGAUAUCUCACUUAAACCUGCACUACCAUACAAGCGCCCCGGCCCUCGCAGAGGCAAGGUGACCCUUCCGGGUUUCACUAUGGGGCACAAAAUCAUCAGAACGCCAACUUCGCCUCACGUAACUGACCCUACCGCCCAUGCAACCAAUCUUCCCACCCGCGAUAAACCCUUCGGCCCCGUCAGCCGCACCGACCCUUCGAACCCUGCCCACCUGUCCAGUAACACCACCCUCACCACCCUCACCACCCUCGACAAAUCCGCCCUCGACUGGCGGUCGCACGUGGGGGCGCAAGAGACCCCUCUCCGGGACGAACUGGACGCGAAUCGGCGCGGGGGCGGGUAUCUGGAGAAGGUCGCAUUCAUGCAGCGGGUGGAGCAGAGGAAGGAGGGGCUGUUGGAGGCGGGGAGGGGUGGGAGGAGGAGGAGGGGUGGGUGA